GAAGAUCGCGCGACUCCUCCGUCUUCAGAUGGUUUGCUCAUCCCUAGGCAACCAACCCCCCAACCGCUCUCCGUUCGGGUCAGGGAAACAGCGAUGUACAUCUCGCGAGACACCACUUGAAAUCUGUUUUCCUCGCCCUCCUGAGAAAAUUCCCUCCCAGAUCUCGCGGCCAUUUCGCUAAACUCUCGCGAGAUUUGAUGAGGUUUCCCCCUCCUCUCGUGGAACACGAUGCGAAGAAGGAAUGUGAAAGGCUCCCGCCCGUCGCCAUUUUCUUUCUUUCUUGGCAAGCAGGGAGCGCGAUAGGAAGUGGUGAAGCGGACAUGGCGGAUUAUUCUACGAUUGCAGCAAAAAUUGGAGGUGAAUCAGGGACAUCGGUGAAUUCAAAUGAUUACGGUUAUGGGGGACAGAAAAGGCCUCUUGAAGAUGGAGAUCAACCUGAGCCUAAGAAAGUUGCUCCUCCAAAUAACGAUUCUUUUGGAAGUCAGUUACCACCCAUGCAUCAGCAACAGAGGUCUGUAAUGACAGAAGAAUAUAAAGUUCCUGAUGGCAUGGUUGGAUUCAUAAUUGGCAGAGGAGGAGAACAGAUCUCCCGCAUACAACAAGAAUCUGGAUGCAAAAUACAGAUUGCACCUGAUAGUGGUGGUCUUCCUGAAAGAUCUUGCAUGCUAACUGGGACUCCAGAGUCAGUGCAGUCUGCAAAGAGGUUACUCGACCAGAUAGUUGAAAAAGGAAGACCCACACCAGGAUUCCAUCAUGGUGAUGGUCCAGGAAAUGCUGUCCAGGAAAUUAUGAUUCCAGCUAGUAAAGCAGGAUUAGUUAUUGGAAAAGGUGGAGAGACAAUAAAACAGCUUCAGGAACGAGCAGGAGUUAAGAUGGUUAUGAUUCAGGAUGGUCCACAGAACACUGGGGCAGACAAACCUCUUAGGAUCACAGGAGAUCCUUACAAAGUUCAACAAGCGAAGGAAAUGGUUUUAGACCUAAUUCGUGAUCAAGGUGGUUUUAGAGAAGUACGCAAUGAAUAUGGAUCAAGAAUAGGAGGAAAUGAAGGAUUAGAUGUCCCAAUACCACGAUUUGCUGUUGGCAUUGUAAUUGGAAGAAAUGGAGAAAUGAUUAAAAAGAUACAGAAUGAUGCUGGUGUGAGAAUUCAGUUUAAACCAGAUGAUGGAACAACUCCAGACAGAAUAGCCCAAAUCACUGGCCCUCCAGACAGAUGUCAGCAUGCAGCAGAAAUUAUUACAGACCUCCUUCGAAGUGUUCAGGCUGGCAAUCCUGGUGGUCCAGGGCCUGGUGGUCGUGGAAGAGGUAGAGGACAAGGAAACUGGAAUAUGGGGCCUCCUGGUGGACUGCAGGAAUUUAAUUUUAUUGUACCCACUGGAAAAACUGGAUUAAUUAUUGGGAAAGGUGGUGAAACUAUCAAGAGUAUCAGCCAACAAUCUGGUGCUAGAAUAGAACUUCAGAGAAACCCUCCACCAAAUGCAGAUCCCAACAUGAAAUUGUUCACUAUCCGAGGGACACCACAACAGAUUGAUUAUGCUCGGCAGCUUAUCGAAGAGAAGAUUGGCGGUCCAGUGAAUCCUUUGGGUCCUCCUGUACCACAUGGUCCUCACGGUGUUGUUCCUGGCCCACAUGGGCCUCCUGGGCCUCCUCCUGGUGCCCCUAUGGGACCUUACAAUCCUGCUCCUUAUACACCUGGCCCUCCUGGUCCAGCACCUCAUGGACCUCCAGCACCAUAUGCUCCACAAGGCUGGGGUAAUGCUUAUCCUCACUGGCAGCCACCAAAUCCUCCAGAUCCAGGUAAGCCUGCAGAUCCUAAUUCAGCAGCAUGGGCAGCCUAUUAUGCUCACUACUAUCAACAGCAAGCGCAGCCACCACCUGCAGCUCCACCUAGUGCACCACCAGCCACCCAGACCAAUGGACAAGGAGAUCAACCAAAUCCAGCACCAGCAGGACAAGUAGAUUACACCAAGGCAUGGGAAGAAUACUAUAAAAAAAUGGGUCAGGCAGUUCCAGCUCCAGCAGGGGCACCACCAGCAGGUCAGCCCGAUUAUAGUGCAGCAUGGGCUGAAUACUAUAGACAGCAGGCAGCCUAUUAUGCCCAGACAAGUCCACAAGGAAUGCCACAACAUCCUCCAGCACCACAGGGCCAAUAAUAAGAAGUGGACAAUACAGUAUUUGCUUCAUUAUGUGGGGGAAAAAACCUUUGUUAAAUGUGUGGAUGCAGACGCCUUGAUGAAGAUCAUUAUUUUGUUUGGUUUAAAAAUAGUGUUUUGGAAAUGUACAAAAUAUCUAUCACUACUGAUAGGAGGUAAUAUUUUUGUGUAGAAAUGAACUUGGUUUGUUUUUAGUACAUUAGUGUAGAUGUACACAUUCCAGCAAAUGUAUUUGCAACUAUUAUGUGGUCAAUGCUUUGUGAUAUAAAUGUACUUUUUUCAAUGUAUACUUGAUCACUUUUAAAUGCCUGUUUUGUGCUUUACAAUAAAUAAUAUGAAACCUCCUGUGUCGGUAAGUUGGAUAUGUGGGUCCCCAGAAUUCAACUAUUAGUUAGCACUGCUGUACAUGUACACAAGUAAGGUUUUUUUCCCUUGAAAGUUUGAGUUUGACAUUGGUAUUCUCCAUUUGCAGAAUAGUUUAGAAGGAACUCUUUUGUUGCUGUAUUUUGCUGCUUAGCAUUUUGAUAUCCUCUUAUUUUUACUUGAUUAAAAUUUGCAUGUAUGUGAAGGUGUUUCUUGACAUACUUGUAUUGCAUUAACAGUUGAAAUUUCUUUUUAUUCACGACCACUGUCUCAGACCCAUAUAGCUGCUAUAGUUAACCUUUGUUUUUAUACAUGAUUUGAUUCUUCAGUAUAUUUUUUCAGGCACGUUAAAGUCAAUUGCUGUAGAAAUCAGAUGUGCAAAGCAGUCAGUUUACUGCACUUUGGUUGAGAAUUCAGUGUAGUAAGGUGUAUAUGCUUUUAGUUACGAAAACUGCAUUUGUUAUAGAAACAUUCUUUUUGGAGUUCUGGGAGUAAUUAACAGAUAAGGUUAUUUUAAAAUGCUGAAGACUAGUCAUUCAAUUAUAUUAUGAAAAGUCUCCAUAAAGUGUUUUAUUCUUACUAUUCAUACUGAAAACUGGUGUUCUGUUAAAAUCCACUGUUUGCUUUUUUGCAUAUAUUAGAUUACAUGCAAUACAGUCUGUCUUGCCAUUGUCUGUUGAAGUGCAGGUUUGAUCCAGCCAGUAUAGAACUAGCUCUAUAGGGGUGAGGAGGACUGUGCUGUGUAUCAUCUUUGAUUGUUCCUUCAAGGAGCAUUGCACUGUAAGUACAACAGAAUGACAAAAUGAUGAACUGCAACAGUAUCUUUUUGUCAAUGUUCCACAUAAUGCAAAUGCCAUACCUGUGUGAAUAUUAUGUUGGAAUAAAAUACAGUGCUGAUAACUUAGGAAAUCAUAACUGCUUCUUAAUUCAGAAACGUAGGUGUGCAUAUAUAUAUCUAUAUGUAUAUGUGAGCUUUAUGGGUAAGUAUUGCUGAGACAUUUAGUUUUAGCUAAAUUGUCAUGUACCUAAGUAACAUUUUUUCAUUAGCAGUUCAGAAACAAGAUAUAUUCAGAUAUAAACUUGUGCUUUGUUAACAAAGUUUAAAUUGCUUGUAAGGAGGACGUUGUUUUGUCUUCAGGUUGUCUGCUUAUAUAUGGUGAUAUAGGUAUAUGCUAACCUGUAUUAGCCUUACCUCUGGAGAUUUUGUUGGGUUUUUUUUUGUUUUUUUUGAGAAUACACUUAGAGUGGUUGCUAGAGAAUGAAAUGAAGUAGUUCCCUGCACAGAUAGCUAGAAAUGCAUUUUGUUGUAGAACCAGAAGGGAAUUUAUUUUUAUCCCAAUUUACAAUAGGAUUUAAAGUAGACAUUUUGAAAAGAUUUUUAGGCAGUUAUUAAAUAUAUUUAGAGUAGGCUAUAAAGACUCUAAAGCAACUACUUUGCAUGAUUCAUCUGUAGCUUAUUAGAGAAUGGUGUAGCUACUAACUAAACAGAACAAAAAAUUCACCAGAUUCUUUAUCAUUCACCAAAUGGAGGCUGUUGAUUUUGAUUCAUUUAAAGUAUAAAAUCUUUAUUAAUUGCAAACAGUGCAAUUAUUUAUACUUCACAGUGCCUUCCCAGACCUUCCACCUUAGGUUCUGCUGCAAAAAGCACAGGUAAGCACAACCUAAGGAAGUGUAUAAAUACAUAUUUCAAUAUAUUAAUGUUGUCCCUGUGAGAUUUUUUUUUGUGGUUGUGUAUUCAAAAGCAAUCUGCCAAUAUCUUCCCCAAAUGUAUUCUGCUAUUUAUGGUUCAAUUCCAGUGGAAAGUCUGAAACAAUUAUUUACAUUUCUGGGUAAAUGUGUAUCUUUAUUUUUAAAAGAUAAGUGGAUUGCUGCAAUAAUUUUUGAGUAAGUCACUUUUACUAUUUUCCCCUCAGAAGCUAAGUUGUUGCAAAUGAAUAUAAAUUAUUUUUUCAAGAUACAGGAAAUACUUGGUCAGAACUUCAACAGCCUUCACAAAUGCUUUUAUAAUGAAAACGAUGUUAUACCCAGUACUAUUCACUCAAGCAUACUGUGUUUCUCUAAUUCCCAAGACUGAUGUCUGAUUUUUUUUAACGUUAUACACCAUAAUAUCCGUAAAACAAAUUAAUCUAGCUUGCUUAUUUGAUUUGAUACUGAAGGAAAAUUUAGACGUGAAUAUUGCAGAAUAGCUUAUUAGGAAGCAUGUGUGCCAGUAAAAUGUUAACAGUUUGGCAACUCUUUCCCUUUUACAGUGAUUUCUUUGCUAUUUUAGCUGAAUUGCUGUAUAUUUUUGCCAGUUUAAAAUGUUUUGUGUUAUGGCUUAUUUAGAUAGCUUAACUGGUACAGUUUUUUUUAAUUUAGACAAUACUAAGGCAGUACCAUCAGUUUUUUUGUUUGUCACUUAAUAAAAUGUUUUGAUUUUCUCAAAAGUCCUGUUUUUCUCUGCAUCAAAGAAAACUAUUCAAAAAUACUGCCUUCAUUUUCACACACAGUGCUGAAGAUGCUGCAAGCACCAAAUCAUAGCUCAUAAAAUCAGGUCCUGAGAUAGUUACUUCCAAUAAAGAGGAUUCCUUUGAGUGUAUGGCCAUGGUGAGCCGAUGAGCAUGGACCAUAGAAGGGCUCCAUGUAGAAGGUAAAAUUGGCAAAAUACCGAUUUUAAAUGUAUCCCAUACUUAAUGGUGUAGGGUAUAAUUUGCCUGUUUUAAUCGCUUCUCAUUCUUUUAAGUGCUAUUUGCUUGACAUAAAUGUUCAGUAAUUUGUUAUGUGGUAAUAAUACAAGCCAUCUAUCAAUUUACACGUUGCUAAAUAGUCAAGCAUAGAUAUGUUUUGCAUUUCACAACUAAAUUUAAUAGUUGUACUUGAAUACCCUUGAGCCACUUCAUUUUUUGUUGUAGUUCAACAUGUCAGAUUUCAUUUUUAUUGGGAACUAGGUUUGUGUUGUGCUGUUGAGCUGUUAAAGAACUUCAUCUGGGCUGGAUUUCAUUUCCCCAUUUUAAAACGAGUUUUAUUUUUGCUUCUCCAUUUUUAUAAACACAGCUUAAAUUGUAGCACAAUGGAAGGAAAAGGAAGAAAUAGAAAAGAUUAUUUCUGACAUAGGUGAUUUAAUAGUCUAAGCAUUAUUUUUGCAUCGUGCUAGUGGAUCUUUAGGCAUCUUCUGACUUUGUGUAGUUUUGCCAUUCAGUUUCAGCCUCUGAAUUCUUUCAGGAGCAUUAUUAGUUUUUCUUGCGUAGUUCUUGUGAUUUUGCAGUAAAAAUAAAUGCAAAUUAUUAACAUAAAAUGUUAAGAAUAAAUACUCUGACUAGAAUCAGAUGUGAGUAAUGCAUGCUUCUAAAGGAAAUAAAACAGCAUCUUUACGUUUCAACUGAGUGAUGCUUACAGAUCACUGUUUAGUGUGCGUUCUGUAUAGUCAAGCUUUGCUGAUUUAAAAAUAAUUCCUUAGCUGUAUCUUUUGUAUAAAUUACAUGUUUUAGCGGUUAGGUAGGCUGUAUCAUUCACUAAUCACCCUCUUUCCACAAAAUAUUUUGAGCAACUGGGCAUCCUUUCUUUUCAUAAGUUUAAGAGUGUAGAGUGUCUAGGUCUCUUUCGUAUACUGGCAUUUCAUAAAGCAAGACACUGGGCCUGCAUAAUGCAUACAACAGAUCCACUUUUCCUACUCGUAGUAUCCUUAGGUUUAUGCAGCCUUUAUUUUAUAUGCAUGCAAGAUGCAUUUUCGUCCUGAGAGAGUGUUCUCUACAGAAACUACACGUGUUUUUAAAAAAGAAGAUUGUCUUUAAAAGGCUACUGUGAUGGGAAGUAUCUUAGGGAGAUGCAGCUUGGACUUGAGGUAAAUCAAAUGCUUUACGCUGUGUUGUGUUGAACUUGCAAUAAGGCAUUGUAUGUAUUCAUGAAAAUACAUUAAUUGUAAUGUUUUUGUAUGAGUUCUCAAUAAAUGUAAACUAAUGGGUAA